AUGACCAGGGAUACGCCAUUUUAUUAUGUCUGGCCCGCGACGGAGCCUCUCGUGCAGAAUUUCGAGUGGAAGGUCGAUGAGACGCCGGUGUCGAACCUUGCGUUGAUGCUCUGCACAUGUAUAGGCUACGUCACGUUCAUUCUAGGUCUGAAAUGGUUCCGGACAAAGAACAAGAUGGCACCAGUGAAUCUGGGGUACCUCCCUGCCAUUCACAACCUGAUCCUGUGCCUCUGGUCCCUGGCGAUGUUCCUGGGAACGAUCCACGCAAUGCUUCUGGAUUCCGAGAUCAACAAAUAUGACACCGGCAUGGGCAAGUAUACGUGGCUUCUUUGCUUCCCCUCCACCGUCAAGCCCGUUGGUUAUCUUUGGUUCUGGAGUUACGUUUACUACCUCAGCAAGUAUUACGAGCUUCUGGAUACCGUUAUCCUGGUGCUGAAGAACAAGCCGCUGUCGUUCCUCCACGUGUACCACCAUGCAACCAUCGUCUUCCUCUGCUGGCUGUGGCUAACUAACACGCAGUCGCUCCAGAUCAUUGCGAUCACGAUCAACACGGGGAUCCACGUCAUGAUGUACUUCUACUACUUCAUGCACAGCAUCGGCAUGCCUCCUCCUUGGAAGAUGUUCGUCACCAACAGCCAGAUCAUUCAGUUCAUGAUCGGCACUUUCGUCUCCUUCCCGCUCAUCUACUUCCACUUCACCCGGCCAACUGGCUGCGCUGGAUUUGAGUCUUUCUGCUUCAACCUCUUCUUCAACUCCUCGCUCCUCUACCUCUUCGUUGACUUCCACAUUCGCAACUACGGAAAGGCCGCAAAGGCAGCCAAGGAUUUCCGCCCACGUGUCAACGGCGUUUUCGGUUUUGUCAGCUUUUUUCUGACGAUAUUAUCCCCCUUCACGCUUCGUUACAGCCAGUCUCUCAGCUCUUUCCUUUCCCUUCUCCUUAUCUUCCCCUAUCUCACUUCCUCCGUCUUUCUCUUCCCCCCUCGUUCUCUUCCCCUCACGUCCUCUUCCCCCACGUCCUCUUCCCCCCACGUACUCGUCUCCCCUCGUUCUCAUCUCCCCUCGUUCUCAUCUCCCCUCGUUCGCUUCUCCCCUCGUUCUCUUGUCCCCUCGUUAUCUUCUCCCCUCGUUCUCUUCUCCCCUCGUUUUAUCUUUCCCCCUCGUUCUCUUACCCAUCGUUCUCUUAAUCUGUUCUCUUUCCCGCUCUUCUCUUCCCCCCUCUUCUCUUCCUCCCUCUUCUAUUCCUCCCUCUUUCCCUUCCGUCUUCUCUUCCCCCUCUCCUCUUCCCCCCUCUUCUCGUCCCCCUUCUUCUCGUCCCCCUUCUCUUCCCCCUCUCCUCUUCCCCCCUCUUCUCUUCCGCCCCCUUCUCUUCCGCCCUCUUCUCUUCCCCCUUCUCUUACCCUUUAUUCUCUUCCCCCCCCCUUCUCUUUCCUCCUCUUCUUUCCCCCCUCUUCUCUUCCCCCUCUUCUCUUUCCCCCCUUCUCCAUCCCCCAUCUUCUCCUUUCUUUUGUAUCCCCCAAACCCUUCCCAUCCUGCUCUCAUCUCUCUCUAUCGCUUUCUCACUUUACCUAUCUCCUGGCGCUGGCGCUGCAGCGCGCAUUUGUGCAGGCCAGGAUUGAAGGGCUGGGGAAGCCAAGAGAGGAGGCGCUGGGAGACUUUGUCGACGCAUGCAUGGCAGCACGGGCGCAGUCCCUGGGCUUUAAGGACCUCCAGCUGAAGCUGCUACUGGCGGAGGCUGCUCUGCCCACCCCCUUCUCCAUGAUGGGCGCUGCUGGCGCUGGGGAGGAGGGGGAGGGGGGUGGGGCCGGGGGGGAGUUAGGGGGGAUAGCGGGGGAGAGAUUGGGGGAGAGAGAACGAGAAGGAAAGGAGGAGGAAGGUGAGCAGGGUGCGGAAAGUGGGAAGGCAGGGGCAGGGGGCGCGGAGGAGGGAGGAAAGGGAGGGGAGGGAGAGGAGGAGAGGGUGGAGGGGGAUUUGGAUAGUGAUGACGAGAGAAAGAGCAACGCACUUAAAGCCCUCCGAGGACCCUUUCUGGCUGAGGUUGGUGGGGUUACCACGAAGGGUAUAGGGCCCUGGGGUAUGGAGGCAUGGAGGCAUGGGAUAUGGAGGCAUGGGGAUGUAAGGAUGGGCAUGAGGCAUGUGUGUGCUGGCAUGGCACCGCUUCUGUGUUCUCCUGAUCAUGUGAAGUCUUAUGCUUUCUUCCCUAUCCCUCCUCCUUCAGCGUCCUUCCCCUCCAAUUGCACCCAAUUUAUUGUGGGCUCUCUCAUUCUCUCACACUCGCUCACUCCAGUUUGCAACCCCUUUCACCCCCAUGGUCCACAGGAGGAGGUGCGAGUUCGCACGCUAUGGGUUCGGCUAGUCUACACCACUCUCAACAUGGUGGACAACAUAAGGAGUGGAGAGGGGUACGAGGGAGUCGUAUCAGCAGACGGUUCUCAGCCUCCUGACCCUACCGAUGGGUUUGUGCAGCAGAUGGUCAAGGCGGCAUUCGACCAAGGCAGGGACUACAACUUCGUGCUGAGAGAGCAGGAGAGCCAGGCAACGCCAGUGCCGCCCUCUGUUGCCACCUUGCAGCAGAUCCAGCUGCUUAUUCUCUUAGCUCUCUCCAAAGGCAUGGCUGCUACCUCAUAG